AUGAUCGCGGGAAUCAUCUACUAUGAGCUGCUCCCCUACGGCCAAACUCUUAAUUCGGACCUCUACUGUCAACAAUUGGACCGUCUGAAGGAAGUAAUCGCCCAGAAGCGGCCAGCGUUGGCCAAUAGGAGAGGAAGUGUGUUCCAUCAGGACAACGCAAGGCCACACACAUCGAUAGUGACUCGCCAAAAGCUCCGGGAGCUUGGUUGGGAGGUUCUUAUGCAUCCACCUUAUAGUCCGGACCUGGCUCCAAGUGAUUACCAUCUAUUCCUGUCUAUGGCGAAUGAUUUUGCUAAUGAAAAAUUCGCCUCAAGAGAAGCUUGUGAAAAUCGACUGUCUCAGUUUUUUGCCAAUAGGGAUGAGGGUUUCUAUGAGAGGGGCAUAAUGAAAUUACCUUCAAAAUGGCAACAAGUUAUCGAACAAAACGAGCUGGAGAAGCGGCCGCAGCCGCAGCCGCCUCGGAGCUCUGAGGAGCUGGAGGAUCUGCAUAAGCUGCUGCACUUCCCCGAGGAGGUGGCGCUGAGGUUGACGGAAAGCGAGUACCAGCUAUUCUACCAGGUACCACCGCAUGAGUACCUAAGGCACGUGGCACAGGAUCAAACCACGUUGCAGAAACCACCUGCCAGGCCACCCCCGUCGCCGAAUCGCAGCUACAGCAACCCCAGCACCACCAACAGUUCGACCCAAACCGAGGACGAAUCAUCCUGGCCUGUUGCCACGGUGUACUCCACCGUGCAGAUCCUCAUCGAUCGUUUUAAUGAGGUAAGCUCAUGGGCCACCCACGCGAUCAGCAGCUGUGCCACGGUAGAAGAACGGCAGGCAGUGCUGUCCUGUCUUCUACGCGUCGCGCUAACCUGUUGGAAUACCGGAAACUUUAAUUCAGCCAUGGAGAUAAUUGCUGGUCUGAAGUCCAACAAGCUGAAGCCGGUUUGGCAAGAGCGAGGCAUGAACGAGCGCAUACCGGUCAUGGAUUAUCUUUCCUCCGCCCUUUUGUCUUCCGAAUACGAACAUGCGCUUGCUCGCGCUCUCGCAAUGCCGGAAUGCCCGGUGGUGCCAUUCUUCGGAGCUUUCCUGCGCGAGCUGCGGGAAAUUAUCGCGUGCGAUAUAAAGUCCCAGCCUGAGUUUAAGGAAAAUCGCGAGUCACCACGUGUUAGCAUUAAGGAGAGCGAACCUCAAGAAUAUGUACCUUCUUCUGCGCCGGUUGCCAGAAUUGCUGUCGAGAGUAACACAGAGACGCCGUCGGGAUGGAGUUCAAGAAGCGGUUCCUUGAACAAACCGGAGAACCCCAUUGCACCAGUCCACGAUACAAAUUCCGUUCUCGACAAAGUUGCGCUUUUUCACAAGCAUCGACAUGCUCGUGGCAGAGACGCAAUUACUGGUUCCCUUUAUCGCACCCUGAGCGUUCACACGACCGCAAUCGAGAAAACUUACAUGGUGGAGGAAUGCGACGAGAAUGACUAUCAUCUUGAUUUGGACUCCUACAAACCAGUGCAGCCGCUCAAAAACGACCACGGAGUCGCUUUGUUUCCUGUUGCAGCGCCACACACUGGCAUGGAUCUUCAUCUUCUGCAGGUAAGUUGCGCUAUAUUCUGCAGACAAAUGUACUUAUCUCGCACGGAAAUGUAGAUAUUGUAUCGAAAUGAGAAUUUCGUGCCGUCAAUUUUAUAAAUAUGCAAAUUUUAUUAAAUAUGCAACGAUUAUAACAAUAUAAGCGAUAUUUUUAUAAGUCUGUAUACAAGUGUGAUAGAUAUA